CAGCAUCAUCUUCAUCAUCAUCUCCUGCAGCUGAAGACACAACCAUGAAGUUCUGGAGUGGUUCUCUCCUGCUGGGUCUGCUGGUCGUCCUCUACCUUCAGUCCUGUGUGGAGGGAGAACAUGCAAAAGGAAUGAAUGUAUGCUGUACCAGUUUCUAUCAGAGACAAAUCCCUGCAGGACGCAUUGUGAGUUAUGAAGAAACAAGUUUAGGUUGUACAAGACCUGGACUGAUUUUUGUCGUACGGAACGGUAAACGUGUGUGUGUAAACCCAAAUCUGGGCUGGGUGCAGCGAGUCAGGGGGGAGAUCGAUUGGAAAUCUGUGGACAAUUCAACUGAUCCGACUGAAUGAUCUGACUGAAAUCAUCUCUCCAUCAAUAACAAAUCAUCUACUUCUUCUGUUUCCUGCUGAUUAAUACUGAUUAUUAAUGAUUAUUUCUAUUUAAUACAGUUUAAUAAAGACUUUUACAGUUGA